AGACUAGGCUAUUCAACUAGGGACAUGAGUCAUGACUUCAUAGAAUACGGCGUGCAACGUCUGUCCAGUGAGUCUACCUUCCCCAUGACAGUCACUAUGGCUGCGAUGCGGACAAUCCUCCUGUCCUGUCUUCUUUUCACAUGCGGGAAAGUUCUGGGGCUGUCAGGAAACUUUUGGCACAUCACGGAUAUUCACUGGGACCCAACCUAUAAACACACCGAAAAUCCUGAGCUUGUGUGUGCUUCUAGUGGAAAACGUCCUGUGCCCAAUGCGGGACAAUUUGGAGACUACCUCUGCGAUGCGCCAUGGGACCUUAUUAAUUCCACAGUGUAUGCAAUGAAAUACAUUCUGCCAGAUCCUGAUUUCAUCGUCUGGACAGGAGAUGACACGCCGCAUGUCCCGAAUGAGGAUCUGGGAGAAGAGGAGGUUCUCUCCAUUAUCAGCAACCUCACCCACAUCAUAAAGCUUGUUUUUCCAGGUACUAAAGUGUACUCAGCGCUGGGGAAUCAUGACUACCAUCCGAAGAGCCAGCUACCCCCAGUCCAGAACAACAUCUAUGAACAGAUAGCACAGCUGUGGCAGGGCUGGUUGGAACCAGAGUCUCAAACAACCUUCCGCACAGGUGGAUACUAUACAGAGAACCUGCUGAACCGACCAGGUUACAGGGUUGUAGUCCUUAACACUAACCUAUACUAUGACCAGAACAAGGUCACAGAAAACAUUGAUGAUCCAGCCGGCCAGUUCAACUGGGCAGACCAAGUUCUUACAGAAGCUGCCAACAACAAAGAAAAGGUUUACAUCAUUGGCCACGUUCCACCAGGGUUCUUUGAGAAGAAGCGGAAUAAGCCUUGGUUUCGACCCAACUUCAACAAACGUUACCUAGAACUGAUCCAGAAGCAUCACUCUCUAAUUAUCGGACAGUUCUUCGGCCAUCAUCACACUGACAGCUUUCGCAUGUUCUACAGCUCGGAAGGUUCCCCCAUCAGUACCAUGUUCCUUACCCCUGGUGUCACUCCCUGGAAGACCACCUUACCUGGGGUUACAGACGGAGCCAACAACCCUGGGAUCCGCGUCUUUGAAUAUGACACCCAAACUCUUCUAGUCAAAGACAUGGUGACCUACUACCUGAACCUGACCCAUGCCAACGUGGCCCAGGCACGCUGGGAGAAAGAGUACCGCUUCACUGAGAGCUUUCGUGUGCCUGACGCCUCCCCAGCCUCCAUGCACCAGACUGUAGAACGCAUGGCCAGCAACCGCUGCUACCUGCAGAAGUACUACGAGUUCAACUCAGUCAACUACGACCUGACAGAAUGCAACAGUGACUGCCGAGUCGACCACGUGUGUGCUGCUAGAGAGGUAGACUUUGAGAGGACAAUGGCCCAACUCACAUCCAGGCCGUGUAAGGGCUGUUUGACCAAGAAGGAGAGUGAUGGAGUACGGCUUCAGAUGACCUGGCCUCCACAAUCACCCGACCUCAACCCAAUUGAGAUGGCUUGGGAUGAGUUGAACCGCAGAGUGAAGGAAAAGCAGCCAACAAGUGCUCAGCAUAUGUGGGAUCACCUUCAAGACUGUUGAAAACCAUUCCACGUGAAGCUGGUUGAGAGAAUGCCAAUAGUGUGCGAAGCUGUCCUCAAGGCAAAGGGUGGCUACUUUGAAGAUUCUCAAAUGUAACACUUUUUUGGUUACUACAUGAUUCCAUAUGUGCUAUUUGACCUCCAAUAGUAAAAUAAAGAAAAACCCUUGAAUGAGUAGAUGUGUCCAAACUUUUGACUGGUACUGUAAGUAUUCAGACCCUUUGCUGUGAGACUCAAAAUUGAGCUCAGAUGCAUCCUGUUUCCAUUGAUCAUCCUUAAUAUGUUUCUACAACUUGAUUGGAGUCAACCUGUGGUAAAUUCAAUUGACUUGACAUGAUUUGGAAAGGCACACACCUGUCUAUAUAAAAGCCCCACAGUUGACAGUGCAUAUCAGAGCAAAAACAAAGCCACGAGGUUGAUGGAAUUGUCCAUAGAGCUCAGAGACAGGAUUGUGUCAAGGCACAGAUCUGGGGAAGGAUAUCAAAAAAUGUCUGCAGCAUUGAAGGUCCCCAAAAACCCAGUGGCAUCCAUCAUUCAUAAAUGUAAGAAGUUUGGAACCACCAAGACUAUUCUUAAUGCUGGCCACCCGGCCAAACUGAGCAAUCGGAGGAGAAGGGCCUUUGUCAGGGAGGUGACCAAGAACCCAAUGGUAACUCUGACAGAGCUCAAGAGUUCCUCUGUGGAGAUGGUUGUCCUUCUGGAAGGUUCUCCCAUCUCUGCAGCACUCCACCAUUCAGACCUUUAUGGUAGUGGCCAGACGGAAGCCAGUAAAAGGCACCUAAAGACUCUCAGACCAUAAGAAACAAGAUUCUCUGGUCUGAUGAAACCAAGAUUGAACUCUUUGGCCUAAAUGCCAAGUGUCACGUUGGAGGAAACCUGCCACCAUCCCUACGAUGAAGCAUGGUGGUGGAAACAUCAUGCUGUGGGGAUGUUUUCAGCGGUAGGGACUGGGAGACUAGUCAGGAUCAAGGGAAAAAUGAACAGAGCAAAGUACAGAGAGAUCCUUGAUGAAAACCUACUCCAGAGCACUCAGGACCUCAAACUGGCGCGAAGGUUAACCUUUCAACAGGACCACGACUCUAAGCACACAGCCAAGACAACACAAGAGGGGCUUCGGGACAAGUCUUUGAAUGUCCUUGAGUGGCCCAGCCAGAGCCCGGACUUGAACCUGAUCGAAUAUCUCUGGAGGGACCUGAAAAUAGCUGUGCAGCAACACUCCCCAUUCAACCGAACAGAGCUUGAGAGGAUCUGCAGAGAAAAAUGGGAUAAACUCCCCAAAUACAGGUGUGCCAAGCUUAGAGUCAUACCCAAGAGGAAUCGAGGCUGUAAUCGCUGCCAAAGGUGCUUCAACAAAGUACUGAGUAAAGAAAGAGUCUGAAUACUUAUGUAAAUGUCAGAUCUGUUUUUUCUAAAAACCCGUUUUUGCUUUGUCAUUAUGGGGUAGUGUGUAAAUUGAUGAGGGGAAACAAGGCUGUAACGUAACAAAAUGUGGAAAAAGUCAAGGGGUCUGAAUACUCCUCCCGAAUGCACUGCAUGUCAGUCUACUAUUCCCCAUAGUACAAAAGUUGACCUAUUCUAUUGGUCAACUUGUCCUUCUGCUCAAUAAAUAAAUGUUCCAAACAUAGCCUACUCUGGGACAGUCGUAGGAUGCAAAAGAGCCCAAAUUGAUACAACCCCUCACAUCAAAAAAACGUUUAAAAGCAAUGAGGCUUAUGCAACAGGUAAGAACGUUUAGCUUAAAAUGUUGAUAAACUAUUAGGCUAUUUCUUCACAUUAUAAGCACAGCAAUGCACACAUGGCAGUAGGCUAUAAGCGCAAAUGUUCCUAAAUGCAGUCAAUCAAUGCGAUUGUGUGUAAUGCUUUAUUAUAUAGGUGCAUUUUUAAUGGUGAAAAUUCUUCCCCAAACUUGAAACUCACACGCCAUCUACGUAUGUAUGCCAGCUUUACAACUACGCCGGUUGUAAAGCAAAUUAAAGUGCUUAAUGUUAAGAUGUUAUUUGGCCACUUUAGUUGUGAUACAAACAUUGUAAAAACAUAUAGGCCUAUGGGCUAGGCUACAUGAGGCGUGCAACUAUUAUUUGAAAAAAAGUUGCAAAAAAAAAAGGCAUGUGCUGUUUCUUGCCUUAUACUGCACGUUCUGGGCAUCAUUCACAAUUGAUAAUACAUCAUUCACAAGUGAUAAGCUAAUAUUGUCACCCAUCAGACUAUUCUUCAUUUUAUGUUGUCUUUACAUGUACUAAAUAAUGUGUUAAAUUAGUUUUGAUUUACACUGAACAAAAAUAUAAAACACAAUGUGCGAAGUGUUAGUCCCAUGAUUAAUUUGCUGAAAUUAAAGAUCCCAGAAAUGUUCCAUGUGCCAAGAUAAUCCAUCCACCUGACAGAUGUGUCAUAUCAAGAAGCUAAUUAAACAGCAUGAUCAUUACACAGGUACACCUUGUGCUGGGGACAAUGUAAGGCCACUCUAAAAUAUGCAGUUGUCACACAACACAAUGCCAAAGAUGUCUCAAGUGUUGAGGGAGUGUGCAAUUGGCAUGCUGACUGCAGGAAUGUCCACUGGAGCUAUUGCCUGAAAAAGUCACGUUAAUGUCUCUACAAUAAGCCACCUCCAAUAUCAUUUAAGAGAAUUUGGCAGUAGUUCCGACCGCAGACCACUCGUAACCACGUCAGCCCAGGACCUCCACUUCCGGCUUCUUCACCUGUGGAAUCGUCUGGAAUUUGUUCACGUGGAACUUGACUGCAGUCAUGACUCGUGACUGCCUGUGGUGGUAACAUGGUCAGUGUAAAGCUCUAGUAGGACCCUGCAGUAUUGUUUUUAAAGUAAUAAACAUGUCUAAUACGC